ACACGCUGGAGAAGACCACGAUGCUGCCUACAAGUGCUGGCCACCAGUGGAGGAGCAGGUUCCUCAUGAGGUGGCAAGAGGCUUGUCUGCUUGGCUGCUGGUUCUCACUAUGUGCUGCUGAGUCCUUUUUUGCUUGUCCUUCCUCCUGCAAGUGUAACAGUGGCAACCUGGAAGUGGACUGUAGUGGCCUGGGCCUCUCUUCCAUUCCCUCAGACAUCCCCACAAACACCAGGACCUUCCUCUUUCUCAACAACAAACUCAGCGUCCUGCCAGGAGCAGUGUUUUCCAACCUCUCUGCUCUACAGAGGCUGGAUCUAUCCAACAACUUCUUGGACCAGCUCCCUCAGAACAUCUUCAGUGACCUGGGGAACCUCACAGAGCUCCAGCUGAGGAACAACAGCAUCCGGGCCUUGGACAAGGACCUGCUACAACACACGGCCCUCCUCCGCCAGCUGGACCUCUCCAUCAAUGGCUUGGCCCAGAUUCCUUCAGGCAUCUUUGACGACCUGCCUGCUCUCCGGUCCCUCUCCCUCAGGUCCAAUCGCCUGCAGAGCCUGGACAGGGUGACCUUUGAGCCUCUAACCAGCCUGCAGCAACUCCAGGUUGGGGAUAACCCCUGGGAAUGUGACUGCAACCUCCGAGACUUCAAGCACUGGAUGGAGUGGUUCUCCUACCGAGGUGGGAAAAUCGACCAGCUGGCCUGCACCUUGCCCAAGGAGCUGAAAGGAAAGGACAUGCGAAUGGUGCCCAUGGAGAUGUUCAACUACUGCUCCCAGCUGGAUGACGAGAACAGCUCUACAGUGCUGGAAAAUACUGGCCCACCUUGCACUAAAGGAAGCCCUGCUCCUUCCAAAUCUAAAUCAGGCCCAGAAACAGAAGUGGAGCCCAGUGUGGGAUGCCCUCAGAAACAGCGGUAUAGGCCUGUGAGCGUGCGCCGGGCUAUUGGCACUGUGAUCAUUGCAGGGGUGGUUUGUGGCAUCGUUUGCAUCAUGAUGGUGGUGGCAGCUGCCUAUGGUUGCAUCUAUGCCUCCCUCAUGGCCAAGUACCACCGGGAGCUGAAGAAGAGGCAGCCACUCAUGGGUGACACAGAAGGCGAACAUGAAGAACAAAAACAAAUCUCUUCUGUGGCGUGAAACUGUUCUAGGAAGGAAGGGACAGCGAUGAAAAAAGGUACCUGAGAGCAGUCAAGCAUGGGGUCCUCCCAAAAUACACCUUCCCAGACAGACUGUGCUAUUGCUCCACUCACCCAAGUAGUACAACAUGCUUCUGGGAGUCAGGGCACCUGGCUCAAUUUUUUUUCCUCUGCCCCAGGCCUAUUUUGUGCCCUUUCAC